GUCAAUAUCACAGAUCAGCGCAUGGACAGCAUCGUCUGCUGAAGUGGUCAGCAUCAUUGCCACGCAUAUAGAUCCCCUCGCAGAUUCCAGAGGUAAUAUAUGGCGCCAGAGCUAUGCAGCUUGUGCGCGCUCUUCACCCCACGCCAAUUACCCCCGCUUUCCUUGCCGGCAGUCUUGCUGUCACGAUUGGCGGAGUGUUGAGGCUUUAUUGCAUAUCGACGUUAGGAAAGUUUUGGAGCUUCCAACUCAGCAUCAGAAACAAGCACAGACUUGUGACCAGUGGACCGUACUCGGUCGUCCGCCACCCAAGCUACACUGGUCUCCUUCUCCAAUAUAUUGGGAUCAUCAUCAUGUACGGAAACCAAGGGUCCUGGAUGAGGCAGUCUGGGAUUCUACAAGUGCCUUCCAUUGAAGCAUUAGCAGCGAUUAGCUUCUUCUUGUGUACUGUAGGCGCUUGGGCUUCCAUCAGCCGACCGUCAGUGGAGGACGAGAUGCUCCAGCGUGCUCUGGGAGAAGAAUGGGAGACUUGGGCGAGGAGGGUCAGAUACCGAUUGCUUCCCGGGAUUUAUUAAUGACAUACAUACUCUCAUAGCGCUCUUUGCGGG